CCCACGGCCCAUCCGCGCAUCCCACACGCCCCACCCCCAUUCCGCCGCCUCCCUUCUCUCUUCUCCUCACUCCCUCUCGCCGCAGAGAAGAUGGCGUCCGACGGCAGCGGCGUUGUCACGGUGUACGGCAGCGGCAACAACGGCGCCGGUACGCAGCUGGAGCCCAAGUCGUCCCCGUUCUCUGUCAAGGUGGGCCUGGCCCAGAUGCUCCGCGGCGGCGUCAUCAUGGACGUCGUCAACGCCGAGCAGGCGCGCAUCGCCGAGGAGGCCGGCGCCUGCGCCGUCAUGGCGCUCGAGCGCGUCCCCGCCGACAUCCGCGCCCAGGGCGGCGUCGCCCGCAUGUCCGACCCGGGCCUCAUCCGCGAAAUCAAGCGCGCCGUCACCAUCCCUGUCAUGGCCAAGGCCCGCAUCGGGCACUUCGUCGAGGCCCAGAUCCUCGAGUCCAUCGGCGUCGACUACGUGGACGAGAGCGAGGUCCUCACGCUCGCCGACGACGCCCACCACAUCAACAAGCACAACUUCCGCGUCCCCUUCGUCUGCGGCUGCCGCAACCUGGGCGAGGCCCUCCGCCGCAUCCGCGAGGGCGCCGCCAUGAUCCGCACCAAGGGCGAGGCCGGCACCGGCAAUGUCAUCGAGGCCGUCCGCCACGUCCGCUCCGUCAUGGGCGACGUGCGUGCCCUCCGCAGCAUGGACGACGACGAGGUAUUCACCUAUGCCAAGAGCAUCGCCGCACCGUACGACCUCGUCAUGCAGACCAAGCAGCUCGGCCGCCUGCCCGUCGUCCAGUUCGCCGCCGGCGGGGUCGCCACGCCGGCCGAUGCGGCCCUCAUGAUGCAGCUCGGCUGCGACGGUGUCUUCGUCGGCUCCGGUGUCUUCAAGAGCGGCGACCCCGCGCGCCGCGCGCGCGCCAUCGUGCAGGCCGUCACCCACUACAGCGACCCUAAUGUGCUCGCCGAGGUGAGCUGCGACCUCGGUGAGGCCAUGGUGGGCAUCAACCUCUCCGAUCCCAAGGUCGAGCGCUUUGCGGCGCGCUCCGAGUGAUCUUUGUUGGCCACCGUCAAUACCAGCUCCCAAAAUAAUACUCCAUGGAUCAAUGAUAAGGACAAAAAAGAAGUACUUAGAAACGAUUCCUAGUUAUUAUCAUGUGAUUUCUUCAUGAUGAUCAUUCUAGCUCCGAUAACAAUUCAAGCGGUAGCAAGCAUGCACCUCCAGUCAGUCAGUCGGUCAGUCGCUCGCUUUAUAUAUGUACACACAUGUUGUCGUCUUCCAUUUCAUUUCUGUUGUUGUUAACACAAGUUAAGUAUCCAUCCAUCCUUUUCCUCCGUGUUAUAGGCAUGUACUCUUGCUACUAUGCAUUUUGUUCUUUCA